GUGGCGCGAGCACGUGCGGCGCGUCGAUAGGACUGGUAUCAACAGGAAGCGGGGGUUAGGGGGACAUGAGACGCAGGUGAAAAUGGCUCGGCAGUGGACGGUGAUGGCGGCGCUGGUGGCGCUCUGCGCUUUGCCGGCGACCUCCGGAUGGCUGCUGGAGGGCCUGGUGGCCUCCUGGGUGGUGCCAGAUGUGCAGGCUGGUGACAGGAACCGCGUGCAGCCCAAGAGGACGCAGCCACUCCAGCUGCCUGAGGAAAAGGAACAGGAGCCGAUGGAGUUUGUGCCACCACGGCCUCACCCGGCCACGGAGCCCCCGGAGCGGAAGCCCCACCGGACACCCCCGGGCGCCGACGACAAGGCCACGCCCACCGUGCGCGACAUCGAGGCCACGGCCCAGCUGUACCGCCUGCUGAAGGAUCGGAGACGCAGCGACAGGCAAUGCUUGGGCUGA